AAUAAUUACUAUAAAACUUGUCUACGAAUUAUCAGUUCCAUUCAGUUCAUUUUCUUUUCCAAAUGCGACUAUGAGGUGAUUGUCGAUUCCCGAACACAAAAUAUUAUUUUAAUACAGCGAUAAAAUGUUCCUGUUGGCUUUCAUUAUUAUUAUUCUCACGUCAUACAAGUCUAUUAAUGUCGGUAAAGUGAAUUAGUAGCAUACAGUUAUCUUUACAUAAACCGGCAAGGUUACUGACGUUACCGGUCAUAUCCAAACAAUAAUACAUAUUCUAUUCAAUCGCCAAUAUCGUAUUUUUGGUUUGCAAGCCACACACGAGGAUCUCGCCAUCGAAACAAGUAGCCGCGGUAUAAUCGCUGCAACAAUGGCAUCGUCGUUCAAGCACGUCACCGGAGUCUGGGGACAGGGAGGCACCGGAACCGCGGAACGGGAUUCGAGAAUCGUCAAGCAACUCGAGUUCUAUUUCAACGACACCAAUUUGCCGUAUGACAAGUUCCUCCAGGCCCAAAUCCGGCUCGACGACGGCUGGGUGCCUAUCCGCGUGCUCUUGACGUUCAAAAUGUUGAAGUCCAUCACCAGGGACUCGGCCGUGAUCGCGUCCGCCGUCAAGCGGGCCGCCGACGACUGCAUCGUGGAAGUCGACGAAACGGACGCCAAAAUCCGGCGCAAACCGAAAAUCGCCGCGCCCGCCCCCGAUCGCGGCCUGUUCAAGGACAUCGUCCAAAGGUCGGUUUAUUGCAGCGGUUUCCCGAGGACGGCCACCGUGGACGAACUCUUGGAGUUCGCCGCGACGUUCGGCGACAACGUCAUCACGAAAACCACCCCCAUGAGAUUCGGGUCCAAAGCGUUCAAGGGUUCGCUUUACUUCACGUUCAGCGCCAGAGACGAGGCGGAAAAGUUUUUGGGAAGAAAAUCCGUCGAGUACAACGGAGUUGAAAUAAAGCGCAUGUGGGAGAGUGAUUUUUUGGGAAAUUACAAAGCCUACAGUCCAUUCAAUUACGCAUAAAAUGUCUAACACUUCCAGUGUAGGUACACACCGAACACACUAAACACACAUUGCAAAAGUUUAUUAAGUUUAUUUUAGUUUCAUUUUUUUCAUCUGUUCAAAUUGCAUGCUUAAUAGUAGUCAUUAUUUUAGUUACAAAUAUCGGACGAUUGUAAAUAUCGAUGGACUUAAAUAGCUAGCAUACUAGCAUAUUUUCAUGUUGUAAGAGCCUUCAACAAUCUCAAACGGCAAACACACGUACAUAUAUAAUAUAUAUUGUGUAUUUUUCAAAAUAUGUUUUUACAUGAAAACACAACAAAAACUAAGAGUAGCUACAGCUUAUGAUAGUUUCAAUUAUAAUUUUAAGUUUUUUUGUGUAAUCAUAACUUAAUAUUAUUAUUAUUAAUAUUAUUAAUGGUUUGAAUCUUUUAAAUACUUUUUAUAUUACCUAAUACUUAUUUCUGUACAAUGUUAAAUUAAUAUUGAAUAUAAUACAAAUGCCAACAUUAAUAAAUAUUUUUUUAACAAAUUCUUUAAAGUUACUAGUAUAUUCAGAUUUACAGACUGUUUUAGAAGUGUUUGGUAGUUAUGUGAUGAGGAGUAGUAUUUUAAGUCUACAUGAUAGAUAUGAUUAAGGAUAUUCCAUAUAUAGUUUUUUACAUUUAAAGUACCGUAGAGAUCAUUUACAUGAAAAUUAUAUUAUUUUGAUAGAAUAAAUCUCAAUAGGUAGUGAGUUUAAAGUUAAAAUAAGUGGAUUUAAGGCAAACGUUCAUGCAUUUCCCCAAAUAACAAUACCGUAACUAAUAAUGGAUUGUACAAGUUAUAAAUAAACUGCAUGUAAAGUC